AUGAGCGUCCUUCCAUCCAGCUUCCUCUUCCUCCUCCUCCUCUGCCUCCUCGUCCUCGCCGAGGCCAAGCGGCAGCCUGGUCAGGGGAAUCCUGACAAACCCCGCCAGCCUCCGUCUUCACCCGCACCGGCCAAGAGACCUAGAAAUCGCUCGGUGCCCGGCUCCGGAGAGCUGACCACCAAGGAGGGACAUCGCUGCACCUGGCAGACGUCCGGUGAGGGCCUGGUGAGCCUGCUGGUGAACUGCAGCGCUGAAACACUGGGAGACCAGCAGAGGUAUUGGUGUCGUUACGCCGGUAAACCGGACCUGUGCCAGGCCUACGGGGUGAAAUCCAGCCAGUACUGGAAGCAGCUGGUGGGGAAACUGAAGAAGAGGCAGAACGCCUGUGAAGGAGAGAAAGUCCUGAAAGCCAAAACCUGCAAGAAGGCGCCCACCGAGGCCCACAUGAAGCUCGCCGAGCGCAGCGGAGAGGAGGAGAUGAAGGGAGGAAAGGAAGGAGGGAAGAAGAAGGGAACGUCAGCCGGUAAGAGUUCAGACGGCGGAAAGGCAGAGAGGAGAAAGAAGAAGGAGGAGGAAGAGGAAGAGGAGUUGAAGAAGAGGGAGGAGAGGACUGGGUUUGAGGAGGACGGAGUGAUGAAUGACAUGGAGCCAGUGCAGAGUUACUGCAGUGAGGGAUGGCACUCCGUCUGCUCAUUCUUUGUCAGGUUCUUUGAGGGUUGAUGGGGGAUUAUGAAGGAAACGCAAAGCAAGUUCACAAUCUGAAAACAACCAGAAUAAAGAUGUUUAUUUUCAAUCAUACUGGAAGCACCAGGCACCUCAUUUGUGAAAAUAUCUUUGAUUUUAUUUUCAACUUGGAGCUGUGGAACUUUAAAGUACUGUAUAUCAUAUUUUCAAAAACCAUUGAAUAUUUGGAGUUAAGUUCAGAUGAAAACUUUUCAGAAACUUGAUUUGGAUUUGGUCGUAAAACAAGAAAACCUUUCUUAACAUUUGCUUUUUAUUAACGAACCAGGCUCCCCGGCAUCUAAUUUACAGAGUUGUGGUGGAAUGAUAAUCAAAAU